UAAAAAUGGUGGUAACACAUACAAUGACGUCUAUGUCCUUGUUCCUCAUUUUGGUUUGUACUGUUAUCCUCAUCACUGUUAAUGGUUUCUCAACAACUCUCGAUGGUCCAUUUACGCCAGUGACUGCUUCACUCGACCCGAAUCUUAACCCGGUUGCAUUCGACUUGCCUGAAUCCGACCCGAGUUUCGUAGCACCAAACUCGAAAUCUCUACCUGAACAGAUCUCUGUCUCUCUAUCGUACAACUCUGACUCUGUCUGGAUUUCUUGGGUCACAACAGGUUGUUGUGAAGAAGAUUAUGGGCCUCUGGAUCCUAGCUCAGUGCGAAGCAUAGUCCAGUACCGUGAAUUCAAUGCCCGUACUAGAAACAAACAUGCCACAGGCCAUUCUAUUGUUUAUAACCGCCAGUACCAUGCUCUCAAGAAGAACUAUACUUCAGGGAUCAUCCACCAUGUUCAGCUCACAGGUCUUAAACCAUUCACAUUGUAUCAAUACCGAUGCGGAGAUCCUUCUUUAUCAGCAAUGAGCAAAGAGUAUUACUUUAGGACAAUGCCUAUGUCUACAUCAGAGAGUUAUCCGCAUAGAAUCAUUGUGGCUGGAGAUUUGGGUCUUACUUAUAAUACAUCAGUGGCUUUGACUCAUAUUCUCUCUAACCAUCCAGAUCUUGUGGUUCUAAUUGGUGGAUUCAGCUAUGCUGAUAAUUAUCUUGCAAAUAAGACAAAGCUAGAUUGUAGUUCUUGUCAGUGUGACCAAAAUAGAACCAGUUCUGAUUGUGAUUCUUGUUAUAAUGGUAAAGAAACUUAUCAGCCUCGCUGGGAUUAUUGGGGAAGGUUCAUGGAGCCACUCACAGCUAAUGUUCCAACCAUGAUGGUAGCAGGAGAGCACGAGAUUGAGCUGCAGAUUGAUGAGAAUCUGACAUUUGUUGCGUACAGUUCAAGAUUUGCAUUCCCUUCAGACGAAAGCGGUUCUUUUUCUCCAUUAUACUAUUCUUUCAAUGCAGGAGGAGCUCAUUUCAUUGUACUCAAUGCAUACACACCACAUGAUUACUCAUCUGAUCAGUAUAUUUGGCUUGAAAGUGACUUGAGAAACAUAAACAGAUCAGAAACUCCAUGGGUGGUUGCAACUUGGAGUCUUCCUUGGUACAGCACAUUCAAAGGGCAUUACAGAGAAGCUGAAUCCAUGAGGAUAAACCUUGAAGACUUGCUCUAUAGCUACCAAGUGGAUAUUGUCUUCAAUAGUCAGGUUGAUGCCUAUGAGAGAUCAAACAGAGUCUACAACUACACGUUAGACCAGUGUGGCCCGGUUUAUAUUACAAUCGGUGCAGGAGGAGGUGGAAAACUGGAGUCUGAGCAUGUAGAUGACCCAGGGAACUGUCCAGAUCAUUCUCAGAGAAACUCUAUUGGAUCUUGCAGUUUUAACUUCACGGUAGGACCUGUGAACGACGAGUCUUGCCCACUUAACCAGUCAGAUUACAGCGCGUACAGAGAGAGCAGCUUUGGAGUCGGUAUGUUGGAAGUGAAGAAUGAAACUCAUGCACUGUGGAGCUGGAUCCGGAAUCAAAACGUGUACUAUCUGGCCGGAGACGUCAUAUAUAUCGUACGUCAGCCUGACAUCUGCUCGGUUUAUAAGUAAACCAAGUAGUUAAACCGGUAGAUGUUGUAACGGUUUACUUAGCCAUCAACUUGGAACUUAGAUAAUUCGUUAGAAUUACAAGGGAUCUGUAUAUUUGUCAAAAUUCAUCACUGAUACCUUUAUGGAUAA